AGCAACAACCAUAAAGUAAUGGCAAUCUUUGAUCAACAGUCAUAAAUGCAAUCGCUCUUCACUUGUGUAUAAAAUGUAUAAAGUGUAUUGUGUAUAAAGUGUAUAAAGUGUUCAUAAGAAAAGAUAAAAGUAGUACAAAACAUUUUUAUCUUUCAGAUACGAUUUUUUUCUUUAUUGCAAUUGUUGUCAAAUUUUAUUCAAGUUCGAGAACUUUUUUUUAUUACAUAUAGGACAUCUUGAUAUUUCAACACAAGUGUUCCAGUUUUUUACGUAUCAAGAGAAGAAUAUCUUCUGUUAUAAGAUUGCAUAUCAAGAGGAGAAAAUAUUUUGACGUAAGAUUGUACAUAGAUUGGAUAUAUUAUUUGCUCAUUCUGAUUAUAACACGCUCUACUUAUCAUUGUAAAUUGACAUUAUUGGAUUAUUUUCUGGAACGUACAAUUACUAUUUGAUUGAUUUUUAGCAAGAUGAUGAAGAAUAAUUCGAAGGAUUUUACGGUCGAAAAUGGUAUUUAUAAAGGUCCAAUAAAUCCCGAUAUAAACUACAAAAGUCUUGGAGAAAUGAUAUGGUUUAACAUUAAAAAGAAUGGAGAUAAAAUUGCACAUUUGGAUGCAUGCACAGAAGAAACAACUACGUAUACGCAACUUCAGGAUAAAGUUAUUCGAUGUGCGUUGUGGCUGCAGAAAUAUGGAAUUAAAUCUGGUGAUAUUAUCAGUCUAUGCACGGGUAAUCAUAUGAAUUCUAUCGUGCCCUGUUUAUCGGCGGCAUAUAUAAAUGCAAUUUUUAAUACGUGGUACGAAGAUAUGGACUUGAGAAGUGCACUAUACUAUUUGAAUCUGAUUAUGCCGAAAAUAAUUUUCUGUAGCGAGAAAUCCGUACAUGUCAUCUUAAGCGCAGUAAAGGAGAAAAAUUGCAAUUCUACAGUAGUAGUUUUUGGCAAACAUAUUAACGCCAUUUCAUUCUCCGAUAUCUUGAAGACUGGCAGUGAUGCAGAAGUGGCAAAUUUUCAUUAUGAAGACCUUGACGAUAUUAGAAGGACGGCAUGUAUCGUACACUCCUCUGGCACCACAGGUUUGCCGAAAGGCAUCGAAAUAUCCAAUUAUAAUGUGAUACUCACUAGCGAAAGAUCAAUAUUGGACAUGAUUGAUUCACCAGUAUUAUGGUUCUCUUGUCUUUGUUGGGUUACUGGCAUAAUGAUGAACAUGUUUUCGAUUAUACAGAGCUCUAAAGUAAUUCUUUAUCCGGAAUUCGACGAGGAGAUAAUUUGUCAAUUGAUUGAAAAGUACAAAAUAACAACUCUUUUUCUUAGCACAAGCAUAACUAAUCGACUUGUCAAAGCAGGUCAUAUAAAGAAAUAUUCAUUAUCAUCUUUGAAAAACAUAAUGUUUGGUGGUGCAAUGCUUAAACCGAAAAUACAAGAAGAAUUUAGGAAUAUUUUACCACAUGUUGCUAUAUAUCACGGUUAUGGAAUGACAGAACUCAGUGGUCUCGCUGCAUGUCAAAAAAAGCAUCACAAAAAUGGAUCAUGCGGAACAGUAUUCGAUAAUGUGCAAAUGAAGAUCGUAGAUCCAGAAAGUGGGAAAACACUUGGCCCGAAUCAAUCUGGAGAAAUAUAUUUAAAAUCUGCAACUUUUAUGAUUAGUUAUUACAAAAAUCCUGAGGCAACGAAAAAUUCGAUAGAUAGUGAAGGAUGGUUCCGCUCGGGUGAUUUCGGUUAUGUAGAUGAAGACGGGGAAUUAUUCAUUAUUGGUAGAUUAAAAGAGCUCAUAAAAUAUAAAGGAUACCAAGUCUCCCCUGGAGAAAUUGAGAAUGUCCUAAUGUCGCAUCCAGCAGUGCUAGAGUCUGCGGUAAUAGGAAUUCCUCAUGAAUUAGAUGACGAACAUCCUCUUGCAUUUAUCGUUAAGAAGCCUGGUGCCAUGGUGACUGAACAGGAAUUAAUAAAUUUUGUGGCGAACAAUAUGACGGAUCUCUACAAACUUCGUGCAGGAGUGAUAUUUGUAGACAAUUUUCCUUAUUUAGGUACGGGAAAAGUUUCGAAGAAAGAUUUAAAAAUAAUGGCUAAACAAAUGUUAAACUAUACUGAUUAAUUAUAUUUUGUCUGCAAUAC